GGAUGAAAUUUACAAGAAAAAAUAAAUUGUUAAAGUAUAAAUUCGGUCAAGUUGUGACCCAUUUUGUUAUCGGAGAAAAUAAUUCAACGUGAGUUACGGCUAAGAUUGUGUGUACGAAGAUCGACGUUACAUUUAAGUCGUUGGCCCAUUUUAGCUUCUAUUUUAAUCAACAAUUUCUACAAUUCCGCAUAUUAUAAUCGAUCUUAUUUGAAAGGGGUAUUAUUAAGGGCGUUAUCCUAUUUUAUUUGAUUAAAGAAAUAAUGAAAAUUAUAAUUUUCUUUCUCUGUAUUGUUUUGCUCUUCUAAUACUAUACAGAGAAACAGAAUGUGUCAAGUAUGAUUUUGUCAUGUAAAUUGUAUUAUAAUGAAUCACAAGCAGAAUGACACAACCAGUAAUGCAUGUUCCGAGAAUCUUGAUGAAAGAUUCAUACGAAACUAUAUAAAUAAAUGUAUUAUUGUAUUUAUUACUGUAUUAGCAUUAGAAUAAAAAAGCCAUUAUUAUUGUUGAUUUAUUAAGUAUUUAUCAGUAAAAAGAAGAGAUACUUCAUAGGAAUGUCAAUUGACAUUUUAGGUAUUUUAAUGACAAGAUUGAGAACCCUUUCUUUGUAGUAAAUGGUAGCUUCUACUCGUGGGAUAUUCACUUUUACAAGGUUAGGUUAGAUGGUACACUACAUGGUCACUACACAACAUAACGUGUUUGGGUGUGGUUUUAAUACCGUGGGAUCUUUACUAGAUCAGUAGAUUUGAAUUGUUUGUCAUACUCGCUACUCCACACUGUAACGUUCAUCAUUCACCAAAAGAUUUUUCACGAUGAAGAAGAGAAGCUUCUCCGGCAACUGUGGCGUCGGUGUUUUUAUCGUCGCCUUCGUGUGUGUAUGCGUUGCAUUUGGUACACCAGCAUGGUUAGUGAGCGAUUAUCGUAUCACUGGCGCGAAACUCGAUAAAUUAGGACUAUGGACGCACUGCUUUAAAUCUCUUCCAAACCCUCAAGAAAUGGAUGCACCCAGACGUUUUUUCGUUGGCUGUAGAUGGGUGUACGAUCCUUUUACCGCAGGUUACUCUGAUAUUCGUGGUUUUCUAUUACCUCCAUUUAUGAUAGCAACACAGUUUUUCUAUACUUUGUGUUUCCUGUUUGGUCUUAUAUCAUUUAUAUUAAUAUUAUUGUAUACCUUAUGCAGUGAUCCAGAACAAAAACGAUAUGUACAACUUAUAACAACCAUUGGAUAUCUGUUGCUAAUUGGUGGUAUAAGCGGUGGAAUAGCAGUAAUCAUAUUUGCCUGUUUUGGAAACACUGAAGGCUGGAUGCCUGGACAUGCAAACAACUUUUUUGGUUGGUCAUUUAUAAUGGCAGCUGCAGGCAGUGUAUUAACUAUUAUAACUGGUAUACUAUUUCUUAUUGAAGCAAAUGUUCAGCGCAAAAAACGAGAAUAUUUGAAAGAAUCUCAAACAAGAUUUCAACUUGAAUCUCGUACGUGAAUAGAGUAUUUUUAACAUAUAAGACUUGCACAAUACUUCAGUACCAAAAUUUUGUAAUACCAUUCCGUCCAUGUAUUAGUUAGCUGUUAAUGAUAGUAGAUUAUAAGAUUUUUGUUACUUUAGUACAAAGUAAAUUGUGAAACAAGAUUUGUAUUUUUGUACAACAUUUUUACACAUAAGGACAUUAAAACAGUACAGAAGUAUUUCUGUACAAUCAUUUUAUUAUUGCUUUUAUUGUGCAUACACAUUUAAAAAUUAAUAAUAAAUGUUAAAACUUUCAUAAGUUUAAUAAGAGUUUUAACAACUUGGGAGGAAAUAAUCUCAGUUGUAUUCAAUGAAAAUAUUAACCUUAGAUUGCACAUAUAGUAAAUUGUUGAAUAUUAUAUCAUUUCUGCAAUGUAAACAUCUACUGCCACUGGUUAUUUUAUACCUAACAAAUUUGCAAAGACUUGUAAUAGAAAUAUGUUAGUUGAUUAUUAAUAUUUGUCUUCUUUAAAAUUGUUAUUUCACACAAAGCGCAAUACAUACAUUUUUGUAAUAUAU